AUGCGAAACUCAAAUGAAUGGCAGGCGGGUUUUUCAAGUCUACCAAAAAGAUUUGAAAGCAGAAAAGCAUCGGUUGCAUCCUACACUAAAAGAACCUCAGAGUUUAUUUCUAACAACAAUCAGCUCGCAAAUAAGAGAGCAUCAGGUUCGAACCUGGACGGUAAUCAAUCAUCAGCAUUGCAACAACAACAACAACAACCACAAUCAAUACAAACUCAGCAAUACUUUCUCCUCGCACAGCAAAGACCAUCCAUAGCAACAAGCAAUUUUGAAAUGCAAAGCACAAUUGGGGGAGCCUCCACGGCACAGCACAACAUAAACAACAACACGAUGCGGAGAUUGAGCAACUUUGAGCGUCAUAAACCAAAAAGUACAGUCUCAAAAACAUCAACCGGGAGCGACAGAGCAAAAAAGGGAGCCUUCUAUGCUGUUGAAUCAAAUUUGUUCCUGUUCGUAAAUUCCUUAAAAUUGGAAAAGCCUAUGAAUAGAGCGUUGUAUUUUUUCAUUCAAUUGAUAUUCAUAUGGCAAGCGUUAUCUUUAGGAGUCUCUAUUGAUUUUAAUUGGGGAGAAUAUGGAAGAUACUUCUACCAUGCCAUUGUCACACCAAGAACGUUUGGGUUCCAAUUUCUUCCGUAUGAUGCAUUAUUUGGAAUUGCGAUAGCCGCUUUUGUUUUGGACGCAUUUGCAUUAUUCACUCUCUAUCUCACCUAUAGAUCCUUCAUCAAUGGAAACAAGUACUGGGAAAAAAUUAAGGCAAGUGCACGGGUUUCUCUUGCUAUCGUUUGCAUCAUUAGUUUGCCAUCCAUGUAUGUGAUGGCUUCCUUUUGGAGAUGCGACUACUCCCAUACGGUCACACGAGGAGAAGAGACCAUGUAUGUCCUAAAAAAUAUCCCCUCAAUAGCGUGCUGGUCAGCGAUGAAUGGAGCCAUGGCAGCCGUAUCGGUCAUUUUCAUUGUAUUGCAAAUUCUAAUGACCUCUUUCGCAAUGCUCGUUUUCUCAAAUACCAGUAUUUCUAGCACGUCAUUAUUUGCAGUGGACACCAUGAUUCUGAAUGCCUCAAUUCAAGGUCUCAAUCAGAUUUUUCUGCUAGCCUCUCAAGUCACUCCAGAUAUGUAUUACUAUCUAAGGCCAAUCUAUUACAUGGUAACUUCUUUUUGCUGCUUCUUAAUACUUAUAUGGCAAAUGCCUUUUUUGUAUAGAUAUAUUAACUCUUUCUAUGGAGGAUUAUUUAUUGGACAAGUUGGUAUCGGUAUCGGAUCAUUGAUCGCCACUCUUGUCAACAAUUCUAAUGCUUGGGAUGUUGGACUCGGACUAACUUUUGGUCCCAUUGGAGGACUCAUUUUAGGUUUUACAAUAGGUUUUGUCGGAGUGGAUAUUUACACGCGUAUUCUCAAAAAGAAAGGUCAAAAAUUAAUUGAGGGUGUAAUGGAGUCACGCAAUUUAGGUGACAUUUCUGAGAAGGACUUCUUUUAUGUGGGAAGAUUUGUUAAAUUUUCAAUGAAAUCCAAUGAUAAGGACCAAGCCACUUGCAACUCCUUCGUACGUCUCCUUGUGAACUACAAGGAUCCUGUGCCUACAGAGACUGUAAUUACAACAGCUCUAUUCAUGAAAUAUGUUCUUGAAAAUCAGUCGACAACAUUCGUACUAAUGCUUUUUAAGAAAGCGGAACGACAAAACAACAACUUUAUCACAAGAUUUAAUAUUUUCUUAAGAUAUAGAGAAAUUGAAAGAGUUACAUCAACAGGAAGAAAUAAUUUUGAAAUAGAUCACAUUUUGGAUGGAAUUUUAAAAAGCUCGAACCUGUUGAGACAUUUACAAGUUCGAUUUUGGAAGCAUGUAUCUUCAGGACAAGACAUCAUCAACACAGUUAUGCAAAUGGAAGAAAUCACUAGAGAGUGUGAACAAAUAUUCAAAAACUUGAUGUUCAAUCACCGUGAAAAUAAGACUGUUCUGCGAGCUUAUGCAAGCUUUUUGGAGGAGUUUUUAUUUGAGCCAGUUAUUGCGGACGAGUUGUACAACGAAGCAAAUAUUUUGGAGGAGGAAGAAGCUGAGAAGAGCAAGGAUAAAGUCAAAGCAAAAGCCCCUCCAAGGAAUGUUCUUGCUCCAAGCAUAUCCAAAGAAGAACCAUUUGAACAUUCAUUCAAGUCAAUGAAUGAAGAAGAAUUAGCUCAUUUAGAAUCUGCAAGUCAACACCAUGGAGAGAACGAUACAGAUUCCAAAUUGCAGGAGCAAUACCGAGCAUCCAUUAACAAGUUCGAGAGAAAUGGCUUUGUCAUCAUUUUCCUACUUUCAUUGGGAGUAAUUUCAAUUGUGUACAUGAGCGUUAUUUUUGCCCUUGAUUGGUCUUUCAAUGGAAGAGUUAACGAUGUCCUACAAGUGAUCAAGGAUAUAUGCCUGAUUGCUCCAAUCCCAUACACAACGUUGGGUGAUGUAAGGCGUAUUAAUUUAGCUUUAGCAACAACGGGAACGGUGAAUAACGAUACAUAUUACGCUCACAAAGCUCAAGUGACACAGUUUACGAAGGAUAUUGAUCAAUUCGUUAAUACUGCUCGUGGAAACAUGUUCACGUUCUCCAUGAAAAAUAGAUUUACGGAUGUCGAUAAGACAUAUAAUGUCGCUAUCACAAAACUUGAAAAUGUCACUGGUCUAGAAUUCUAUUCCAAAAAUGCAUCUGCAUCCAUGAUUCUCAAUACUUUGGCUUCUGUAAUUACCGAAAUUACUGCGUUUAACAUCUCUUCUUACAACGAGACCUACAAGAAUUUUUAUUUUUCAAUGCUCUAUGUGAACCGUAUAACAUUCACACAUGCGAUGGAGAGUUUUUAUGAUCAGGUUAUUUCUGAUGAACUAAAAACUCAAGAGCAUGAAAAUCUAAUUUCCAUUGUGGUGUUUUCCACUUUAACUGGGUUUUUUGUUGUCUAUGUUUCCAUAUAUCUAGUAUUCAUUUGGUAUCACGUUAGACAACGAAAAUUCGUCUCUGAUCUAUUCAAAAAAAUUCCAAAAAUUGAAGUUAAUAAGAUUGCUCAUCAUCUUGAGGCCAGCACUGAUAACUCUGUGGUAUCUCAAAAGACGUAUGUGAUAACUCCAAUAAGAUUGAUGGUUUUUUGGGUAACACUGAUUCUCAUUUUCACCACUAUUGCUGCCAUUCUCAUCAUGUAUGAAGGUCUCUCUCAAUUAAGCAAUUCAAUAUUGAUAAUGAGAAAGCUUAAUUACUCAGCCAAGAUUUUAAUGAUCACCCAACGUAUGCAAUUCAAAACUCAGGAGUUAAUUCAACCUGAUUAUGACAUUAUUGGAAUUGAUCGAUAUCAAUUUUACUCUGAGAUUGGAGAUCACCUAACCGAAUUUUCAGAGGAUUGGAAUGCUCUUAGAUAUGGCACUAGUGAUGACUCAUUCUACUCUCUAGGCUCACUUUCCACAUCCAUUACAGGCAUACUCACAAAGUCUGCUCCUAACUGUACUUCCUCAGCGACACACUCCUUAAAUUGUAUGGGUCUGGAUGAUGUCGUUAAAGAAUAUCAUGUUCAAAUCAGCAAGGCAAGAGAGGAUAUUUAUAGGAAUACUUUUUCAAGGGAUGUUUUAUUGAAUGAAAUUGAUUCCAUGUACAUUUAUGGCAAUAAGAUUCUUACAGAUGUUACAUCCAUCAUUGAGUUGUUGGUCAAAUCAUUCACAGGUCAGGCAAAGGUAAUGGGCGCGGUGUCUGCUGCAAUUGCAUGCAUCUUGCUUUUGCUCAUCAUUUAUUUGCUUUACAGUGCUAUUAACAAGUUUUACUCUGAAAAUCAUCAGCUUAGACUGAUGCUCAAUCAUUUACCAGCCGAAAUUUUGGACACAGACAACGACUUGAGAAGCUUUAUAUUGUACAAUUCUCUCAAUAGUCAUAUGAAAAACUUGGAAAAGAAUAAUCAACAGGAUUCGUAUGAGAAGGCUAUUCUCGAAGCUGCUGUUGCUGGUGCUGCAAUCUGCUCCUCGAACGGCUCUAUUGACAUUUUCAAUGAAUCUGCUCAAAAGAUGUUUGGCUACAGAAUUGAUGAAGUGAUAGGUGUCUCUGUAACAAGCUUAUUUUGUCCCGAGAGUAGAAACGCCUUGGAAAAUGUUAUUAACAACAUGAGUAUUUCAGCCAAGACGUACGGUGAAAAUCUUGUUCUACAAGGCCAGAGAAAAAAUAGAACUCUCUUUCCUAUUCAAAUUAGAAUAUCAGUCACGAGCAUUGAUGGAAGAAAUAUUAUUUCAUGCUUUAUGACAGAUCUGACCACCGAUCGAGAGCAUGAUCAAAUGUUAGCCGAAGAGAAAAAGAAGAGUGAGUCAUUAUUGUUGAAUAUUUUACCAGAGACCAUCGCUCAUAGGUUGAGCAAUGGGGAGACAUUUAUUGCCGAUAAUCAUGAGGAUGUUACUUGUUUGUUUAGUGACUUGGUUGGCUUUGUGGAGAUUUCAGCAUCCAUGUCUGCAACUGAACUCGUGCAAACCUUGAACAUUAUUAUUAAUGGUUUUGAUUCUUUAAUUCCAAAAUAUCAGCUUGAAAAAAUUAAGACAAUCGGAGAAAAAUAUUUUUGUGCUGGUGGAUUGAAAGUGAGAGCUGAUGAAGGUGACAAUCAUGAAGAACGGGUUUUGAAAUUUGCUAUGGAAAUGUUCAGUGUAGUCUAUAAUUAUAAUGUGGAUCAUCAUCAAACAUUCAAUUUACGAGUGGGAAUGCACUGUGGAGCCUUAGUUUCGGGUGUUAUUGGAACCUUAAAGUUUGCCUAUGAUGUAUGGGGUGAUGCUGUCAAUACAUCAAGCAGAAUGGAAUCUACUGGCAAGCCAGGUCGCAUUCAAGUAACAACUGCUCUCUACAAGAGAUUGCGAGGAAAAUAUCGAUUUGAAAAGUCAAGUGUUUUCGCCAAAGGAAAAGGAGAGCUCGUUACGUAUUUGCUUGAUGAAAAAUAUUAUCAGAAUACGUCACCAGAGGCACCAGCAUUGGAGGCAUCAAAUCAUUUAAGACAACACAUUGCAGUGAAUAGCAUUUCACCAUCAGAUGAUGAUUUAUCUGAAAAGAACUUUACCUCAGACGAAGAAGAAAAUGGUAACAAUAUCAAGAGAGCAACUCCUCCACUUUCUCAACAACCAGUAAUGAGCCCAUUGGUUGGUAUUAUUCGAUCUGGCUCAACCUCAUCUCUCGCUGAUAAACAAGGAGGAGCCAAAGACACAAAUAGCGUCGACUCGAGAGAAGAGACCACAAGUGACACUGGCGGAAGCAACAGUUUCAGAAAAGUUCAACGAGGUCGCGCCACCUCCCUGCGAGGAACAAGCAAUGAAAUUAGAGAGCUACUUCUCAAGAACACUGCGGCAGCAACGACCACUUCCUCCACUCUUGGAUCACCCAGCAGCCCCUCCUCAGAGAAAAAGGUCCAUCUCACAGCUGAAAUAUUGAGAUCAUUAUCAGAACAAAACGAACAUGAGGACCGUGCUUCGAAUCCAACGGAACGGCCAACUUCUAUAAAGCUGCAACCUAUCCAAACAGCAUUACUGGAAAGAAAGAAUAGCAUUGCGAGUACUGGUUCUUCCUCGUCUUCCACAACCAUCGAAACGAUGAGACUCGGCAAAUCCACACACGCUCUUGUUUCCGAUUCAUCACAAGUGAAGAAAGCAUUUCCAACAGGUGCCUCCUUUUGUGCAAAUAUUAAUGCUGCUGUGACGGCCUCUUCGUCCUUUACAGGUAAUUUGUUGCAUUCAGCGAGUAUGAUGUCGACUCAACACGGCCGACCACCUACUCCACAUGCGAACUGCUCUGACAAUGAAGAUGAUGAAUUAGUUAGAACCGAAGAGGAAGAGAACAACUAUAGUGGUGAUGAAACAGAUCAAGUACCACCACAAUCAUCGUCACCAUCUCCACCACCACCAGAAAAUAGUGUCUCUGAAAACGGAGGCAAGUCAGAGGUUAAUGCUCGUCCAAUUCCCCUUAGAACUCACCUCAAGGAAUGA